AUGGCCAAGGGAAAGAACCCCAAAGGGAAAAAGGUCACCUUGAAAGUGGCCAAGAACUGCAUCAAGAUCACCUUUGACGGCAAGCGCCGCCUCGACCUCAGCAAAAUGGGCAUCACCACUUUCCCCAGGUGCAUCCUCAAGCUGGCGGACGUGGACGAGCUGGACCUCAGCCGGAACAUGCUCAAGAGGAUCCCGGACUCCAUCGAGAAGUUCGAGAACCUCCGCUGGCUGGACUUGCACAGCAACCAGAUUGAAAGGCUGCCUGAAACCAUCGGCAACCUGCAGACCCUCGUCUUCCUGAACCUCUGCAACAACAAGCUCACGGCCCGGAGCCUGCCGAUGGAGCUGAACCAGCUCAAGAACCUCCGGAACCUCAACCUGGGCCUCAACCACAUCGACAACCUCCCCACCACUCUGGGGGCUCUCAAAGAGCUCGUGGAGGUCGGCGUCUUCGACAACCUGCUCACCAUCAUCCCAAACAGCAUCAAGAAGCUGCCCAAGCUGAAGAAGCUCAACGCCAAGAGGAACCCCUUCCCGGGGCCCACGGAAGAGGAGCAGUUCAUCGACAGCAUCAAGCGCCUGGAGAGCCUGUACUUGGUGGACGAGAAAGACCUCUGCUUCCCGUGCCUGAGGAAGUGCCAGGAGGAGCGCGACAAGCUCAACAAGCUGAAGAACACGGUGCCCGCCCCGCUCCGGAAGCCCGACUUCUCCAACCUCCUGACCCCCAACUCGCUAGCGAAGGAAAACCAAGCAGAGUGGAGAUGA